AAUCCGGAAAAAUGUAUUGCACAAAGAUGUUAACUCUUCAAAAGAAAGUAUUAUUGCCAUCAACAUUAAGUUAUAUUAUGGAACACCAAUAUAUUAUUACAAAUAAUAUAAAUGUUUCAAUAAGACCUCAGUUUCGUCAGUUUUGUGACAAUGCUGUCCAUGUGAAAAAUAUGACUAGGAAUUUAAGUAAAGUAGUAAAGCACAAAGGAUUAUUUUCAAAAGUAGUAAAUAGAUUUGAACUUUUUAAAAACAAAUAUAAAUUAAUGGCUCUGGGUUAUUUACGGUAUGAAAACGUAGUUGACCAACUCAAUUAUUCAGCAUUUUACAAAGAUUAUAAUAUGCCAGAUACAUUCUUCUCCUGGUACCUGGUCACAGAAUUACAUGUAUGGAUGUUAAUGGUACGUUUUAUGGGUGAAGGUGAAGAGGGUAAAUUGGUUAGAAAUAAUCUGGCAGAAGCCAUGUGGCAAGAUGUUGAUGGUAGAAUGAGUAAACUUGCAGUAAUCAGACCAAAGAUAAAAAAGAAACAAAUAAUCGAGUUAUCAUCACAAUUUAAUGCUGCUUUGAUUGGUUAUGACGAAGGAAUUUUAUCAGACGAUAAAGUGCUAGCUAGUGCACUCUGGAGCAGAUUUUUUGGUCUAGAGUGUAACAAUCCAGAACACAUUGAGUCACUUGUAAUUUAUGUGAGAAAGCAGAUUAACUUAUUAGAUACGAUACCAUCGCAGGAAAUUUUCACAUAUUCAACAAAACUGGAGUGGAUUGACUUAAGAAGUGUUAGGUAAAGGUUAUUCUUCUUGCAAAUUAAUAUGUAAAUAUCAUUUAGAUAAAAUUCGUAUAAUAAAUAAAUUA